GGCCACGCGGUUGCCAAGGCCUCGGCUCAGCGCUGUGGCGGCCCCCGCCGCCGCCGUCCGGGCCCGCUGCCGCUGUCCGGGCCCGCCGCCGCCACCUGCCCCGGGCCGGCGCGAUGGUGAAGCUCGCUGCCAAGUGCCUGCUGGCAGGAGAUCCAGCUGUGGGUAAGAGUGCUUUAGCCCAGAUGUUUCGCAGUGAUGGAGCUCAUUUUCAGAAGAACUACACACUGACAGCGGGCAUAGAACUGUUGGUGAAGGCUGUAUCAGUUCCAGAGACAAGUGAUAGUGUGGAAUUCUUCAUUUUUGACUCUGCAGGAAAAGAUCUAUUUUCUGAAAUGCUGGAGAAACUGUGGGAGCAACCCAACGUCCUGUGCCUUGUGUAUGAUGUCACUAAUGAGCAAUCCUUCGACAACUGUAACAAAUGGUUGGAGAAGCUGAGGGCUCAAGCAGUUGGGAUGCACAUCCCAGGUGUCUUAGUGGGGAAUAAAACAGACCUAGCUGAUCGUCGAGUUGUGGAGCAGGAACAAGCACAGGAGUGGGCUGAGAAACAUGGCCUGGAAUACUGUGAGAUGUCAGUGAAGGAAAUGAAAAAUUUUGAGGCCCCUUUCCACAUCCUGGCAAAGUUAUUCCACCAACUGUACAAAGAGAAAGUGGAAAGUUUUCACUCACUAGCCUGAUUGGGCCUCUUCCGUCUGCUGGUGGUGAUUUGCAUAUGGCUGAUGCUGGACACCAUGAGUGCUUGCUGGUAAACACCUCUACCUCAGUCUCAGCUGUGAGGGCAGCCUGGAUUGUGCCCUCUAAAUUGGGGAAAUGAUCAAGGGUCUGUAGGGCAGCCAGUGGCCCCUGACUGCUUGCUAUGGAGCCCUUCAUGUCCAUGAGUCCUGGGACAGAUUGUCCUGGAAGGGCAGUCCCAGUCUGCACCCAGAGAGGGAGUAGGGAGAAGAGGUAACUGGAGUUAUGAAAUUGCAGCAUGGCUGAAGCUCUCCAACUGGUUCAACUUCCCAGCGCCCCCUUCCCCUAGCACUGCUCCCCCGCAUAGAGCAGCAGUGAACCUAAAGCAGAUCUUCUGGUCUAAUUUUUCACUGAACAAUGAAUCUGAUCAGAGAGAAACAAAAUCGGUAGCAUCAAGAAUUAGAUUAUUUCUUUUCUUCAUGAUUGUUGCAUUAAUGAGCAGCUACAUGUAUAGAACCAGGAGGUGACUAAUGUAAUUAACCUGGUGUAAUGAUACUGCUGAGGAAAAGAGAGAGGAUUAUGACAUACUUAGAUGUCAGUAUUGCACAAUUUUGUAUGUGUUCCCUGUACUAUCGGGUUGUGUCUGACACAGAAAACUUAAGCAGUGAUAGAUUUCAGUCUGCAUCCAUUCAGCUUAUGCAUCUUUCUGUGUAAAAUGAGGAUGUGAA